CGCUUGUCGCAUCCCAGCCACCUCACAAGUUGCAGGAAAAAAAAAGAGGCCCCCCCAGGUCUCACCGCAAGCCUCAUAAGCCAUGGCUGCCCAAGUAUACAUUAGCGCAGCGUCGUCAUUAUUUACGUGCAUUGUUUUCAACAACGAGACAAACAAAUGCACGGUCGCAAUCGCUCGAGCACAAAAUAAAUUACGUUUGUUUGAUUGAUUUUGCUUUGAGGAGGGUUGGUUUGGAGACCGCUGUAGGCUUAGUUAGACUCGUCUAUCUACCUUUGCCUUACCUACGAUCCACGCUUGCACCUGUGCCGUGCCGUGUGUUCUUGCCGUGUCUCGGGAAAACGUCCAUACCACUUCCAAACUCCUCCCCCAUCUGCUACUGUUUCCGACCGCAUUCCAUCUUGUUGCCCUCAAUAGCAUUGACAACCCGAAAAAUGAAGCUACUGCCUCGGGUAGCGACCCGGCGCCUCCCGGUCCCGCUGCUCCUGCUCCUCGACCUGGCCACCGCCGCCCUGCAGCCCAUGGUAAUCCGAAAAAUGAGCCCAGACGAGAGCGAGAAGUUCUUCCCGCACUACGUCGCAUUCCCCGAGGACCAGCUGGCCGCCGUAUCCGCUCUCCAGAAGCGACACCAUCCCGAACCAGCCUUCAGCCCGAGCUUCCCCAUCCACGUCGACGACCCGGGAUCCCCGUCGGAGGACGAAACUCUAUACCGUCGGGCGGCGGCGGCGUUAGCCCGCCUGCAACGUCGGCAAUGGGGCUGCCCCGCGGGGACGGCGAGCUGCUCCAACAUUGGGCAUCCGGACCGCUGCUGCCGUCAGACCGAGACGUGCUAUAAGAUUGACGACACGGGACUGGGAUCGGUGGGUUGCUGCGCCAACGGAAGCACGUGUGGCGGGACCAUAAGCAACUGUGCGCCCGGCGAUACGGCUUGCCCUGCGUCCAUGGGCGGCGGGUGCUGUAUAGCAGGGUUUGUGUGCCAGGGUGUUGGAUGUGUUCGUAUGGACUAUACUUCCCGAACGCGAGCUCCGACCACCACUGUCAGCACGUCAACGGCCGCAAACGGCGGUGGUGGUGGCGGAGGGGAUGGGGGAGGGGGAGGUGGUGGUGGUGGAGGUAUCUUGACUUCAACCAUCAUCACUACCGUUGUUGUCACUCCAUCAAACGGGGGAUCGCCAACGACAGUAACUUCAACCUUCAUCGGCGGAGGCGGCGGCGGGGGGCCUCCGCCAUCCACAACGGCACCCCCACCCGACACCGACACCGACACCCCUCUUCCACCGCCGCCAACAUCAACCGGCGGUGGUACCGGCAACGCGCCCGUGCGGCCGACCGUGACCAACUCAGACGGCUUCCCCUCUGACUACUGCCCGACGGGUUUUUACCCGUGCGUCGCCCGCGCCGGCGGCGGCUGCUGCCAGACUGGACGAGACUGCCAGACGACCAACUGCCCCGCGCCUCCCCUAUCCACCACCAUCAUAUCCAACGGCGUGACCGUGGCUGUCCCGCUGCCCACCCCCAACCGCGGAAGCGACGACAGCAAGACGUGCGCCGGCGGCUGGUACAUGUGCCCAGACAGCGCGGGUCCCGUGGCCGGGUGCUGCCCGUCGGGAUAUGACUGCGGCGUCGCUAGUUGCACGUCGGCAAGGGAAGGGGCCACGGCCACGCUGCAGAAAGAGUUCCCUAGCUCGGCGGCGACUGAUAGGACCCCGACGGGCGAGGUUUUGACCAUUUUGGGGAUGGUGUUGGUGUCUUUGGCAUUGCUAGCAUGAUGACAUUUCUGACUCGGGAUGAGCGAAAAUAAGUGGCUUCUUUGGCUUUUGACCAAUCCUGGCUUUUUUUUACGCGGUACGGGAGUUUUUUCUUUCUUUUUUUUCCUAUUUGCGAAGAUGGGGCUCAAAUCAUGGCAUUUGAUGGUUGUUUCAAAGCAUUUGGGAUGGAGUUAUUUUCUGAUAUAAAGAGAGUUGGGACGGAACUUUGACUGAUGUACAUACACUACCGAUUCCGACCUACUUACUAGGUUUACCAGAAAUGAUUCAGCCUGAUGGUUGGUUGGUCCCUGGCACUUUUGCUUGAACUUGGUAGUUCACUGGC